UCCCUCUAUACCACGCCAUGUCGUCCACCGCCGUCACUCCGUUGCCAAAAUCGUCUGCGCCCGACACCCCUGUGUUCAAAGAAGCUCCCUCCACGCCCCAACCUGUCGCUUUCCCCCCCCCACAGACAUUCGAUAUUAUCCCGCCUUUGCAUGGCCUGAUACUUCGUCUGCUCUCAACGCCAACAAACGCUGCAGGUGUUGCCAAUGGCACCACGACGGGAGAUGACGGUUCUGGGGUAGCUCCCCCAUCUUCAGGAGCUCCGGCUGUCCCGUCUUCGGGAUCUGGUGCUGCCUCCGCUGCCGCUGCCGCUGAGAUCGCUGCGUUGGGCUCAAACCUCCCUCCGCCGUUGGACAUUAAAAACCUCCCAACCGAGGUCAGCUCGAUCAAGAUUCGAAUCCAGAAAGCCCACGCGGUGGUGGAGAACUUGCCCGAUAUCCACCGAACGGUCGCGGAGCAGGAAAGUGAAAUCCAUGAGCUGGAGGACAGAAUCGGGAGGCUCAAAGCAGUCAUUUCCGACUUUGGGAAAAGGGCGAAUAACACCCGUAGCCAGAAAACGAACACAUAUGGCCCGUGA